CGCGGCGCGGCGCGCGCCCCGGAGCUCCACUUCCCAAUCUCCGGAUUCAGGAUUCCACGACCCAGGCGACCCCCCCCCCCACACACACCCAACACCGGGCCUUUGGGUGCCAGGCGUCCCGGAUCUGCGCCAUCUGGAACUAGCUGUCUGCCACCUGGGCACCCCUCAGCCUUCUAGCCCGGUGCCACGUUCGCGUCGGAGAAACUCCUGGAGCUUCCACGUCCAGGACCAAGAACUCCAGACUGUUUCUCGAACCCUCUUCCCAGCUUUGGGGGGCAUCGGACAUCACUGUUGGGGAGAGCAGAGGCGCCUCGGAACGCAGCCAGGGGCUCACCCGGGGAGCUGAGCCUCCAUCCCGAAGUGCCAGCCUCCGGAGGCGCCGUGUCCUGGGCCAGAGAAGGGUCCCCGUGCGCCUCCAGUCCCCGGGCGUUGAGCUAGCUCGUCAUCAUGGUGGCCGAUCCUCCCAAAGCCGACCCCAAGGGGUUGGUGGCGGUGGAGGCCACGGCGAACGGUGGCCUCGUGCUGGGUUCUGCACCGGACCGAGACGAGACCGCUAAGGGAUGCUGCCGUUCCCGGGACCAGGUGCGCAGCUGCCUUCGCGCCAACCUGCUGGUGCUGCUCACCGUGGUGGCCGUGGUGGCCGGCGUGGCCCUGGGGCUGGGGGUGUCGGUGGCCGGGGGCGCUGCCGCCCGGAGCCCCGCGCGCCUGGUGGCCUUCGGCUUCCCCGGCGAGCUGCUGCUGCGCCUGCUCAAGAUGAUCAUCCUGCCGCUCGUGGUGUGCAGCCUGGUGGGAGGCGCGGCCAGCCUCGACCCCGGCUCGCUCGGCCGCCUGGGCGCCUGGGCGCUGCUCUUCUUCCUGGUCACCACUCUGCUCGCGUCGGCGCUCGGCGUGGGCUUGGCUCUGGCGCUGAAGCCCGGCGCCGGCUUCACGGCCAUCAAUGCCUCCGUUGGGACCACCGACGGUGUCCAAAACACCGGGAAAAAGGAGGUGCUGGAUUCCUUUCUGGAUCUCGUGAGGAAUAUCUUUCCCUCCAAUCUGGUGUCUGCAACCUUCAGAUCUUAUGCCACCAAAUAUGAAGAGAGAAGACUCAACACAGCCAUGGCCCAGGAGCUCAAUGCCACCAUGGUGCAGGUACCCAUGGAGAGUGAAGUGGAGAGCAUGAACAUCUUGGGCCUGGUGGUAUUUGCCAUCAUCUUUGGCGUGGCCCUGCGGAAGCUGGGGCCCGAAGGGGAGCUGCUUAUCCGUUUCUUCAACUCCUUCAAUGAUGCUACCAUGAUCCUGGUUUCCUGGAUCAUGUGGUACGCCCCCGUGGGCAUCUUGUUCCUGGUGGCCAGCAAGAUUGUGGAGAGAGAGAACGUGGGGGAGCUCUUCGUCAACCUGGGCAAAUACAUCCUGUGCUGCCUGCUGGGCCACGCCAUCCACGGGCUGCUGGUCCUGCCCCUCAUCUACUUUGUCUUCACACGCCGAAACCCCUACCGCUUCCUGUGGGGUAUCAUGACACCACUGGCCACAGCCUUUGGGACUUCCUCUAGCUCGGCCACGCUGCCCCUGAUGAUGAAGUGCGUGGAGGAGAAGAACGGGGUGGCCCGGCACAUCAGCCGCUUCAUCCUGCCCAUCGGCGCCACGGUCAACAUGGACGGCGCCGCGCUGUUCCAGUGCGUGGCGGCCGUCUUCAUCGCGCAGCUCAACGGCCUGCCCCUGGACCUGGUGAAGAUCAUCACCAUCCUGGUCACGGCCACAGCUUCCAGCGUGGGGGCGGCGGGCAUCCCCGCAGGAGGGGUCCUCACCCUGGCCAUCAUCCUGGAAGCAGUCAACCUCCCCGUCAAGGACAUCUCCUUCAUCUUUGCCGUGGACUGGCUAGUAGACCGGUCUUGUACCAUCAUCAACGUGGAAGGUGAUGCUUUUGGGGCUGGACUGCUCCAGAGUUACGUGGACCGGACGAAGCUGCAGGACCCAGAGCCUGAGUCGACCCAAGUGAAGAGUGAAGUGCCCCUGAACCCACUGCCCGCCAGCAUGGAGGAAGGGAACCCCCUCCUCAAACAGUACCGGGGUCCUGCCGGGGAUGCUGUGGCCUGUGAGAAGGAGUCGGUCAUGUGAACACCUGGCACGGCAUUCCCCACUCUCCUGGGCCAUAGGACACUGGGGAGAUGGACCCACUGGCUCCCCAGGGCCACCUCCCGAGAGCCAGGGUCUCUGUCCUUCCAGGACAGGACACCAGGAGGCCAUGCUGGGGCAUAUGUGCAUAUGUCCAUCUGCAAGUCUCCCUGGACCUCAACUCCUGUCUUCCACUCUAGGAGGUGUUAUCCCCCCUCCCCCAGCGAGAGUCACCCAACCUUUCUGGUCUCAGGGUACAGGUUGGCAUGUGGAGGGCUCUGCCCUUUGAAGGGGAGUGCUGCAGAUUGAUGCUGGUGUUUGACAGCUUUAGCUGCGUGGUGAUGUGUGUGUGUGUGAGAUCUGUGACCUUGUGACCUUACAUGGUACACUCCUCCCUGUGUGUCCCAUUGGUGCUGUGCCUCACCCCCACAGUAAGAGAAACACCCCCCAGGAGCGCUGGGGGGAGGGGCGCCAAAGAUAAAUGCUUUAACUCCAGAGAACUUUUUUUUUUCAUUUGGGAAUAAAAUUAUGUCAAGUGUAUUUAAUAA